AAUUCUGUUUCAUUUUUUGAAUUUCAGGCGUUCUGUGCGCUUCGUGCUUUUUUCUUUUCUUUUUCUUUUUUUUAACGGUCGUCUCGCCUCAUUGUAAGCGAUUAAAACCCUCGACCUUUAAACACGGCGAUAUCUGUAUUAUUAAAUAGAUUUAAAUAAGCGAAAAUAAAUAAUAAACACGCACGCAGCGACGCUACCGAUUGAUUGCUCACGAUAACCGAUAUGUCCGCUUCUUCUCCCUCGCCUCACAGCGACGCCCCCCCGGCUCCCGGCUUCACCCCGGGCGGGCAGCGUCCUUUCGACCCCGAGGAACACGGGCUGGACGGCGGCUUCAGGCUCACCUCCUUCUCCGACCUCAAGGGCUGAGGGUGCAAGGUCCCGCAGGAGGCUCUGCUCAAGCUCCUGCGGGUUCUGGAGCCGGGUCCCCCGGCCGCCGAGCUGCGGGGAGCGGCGGGGCAGGAGCCCGGUCAGGACGGGCACUUCCACCUCGAGGUCCCGCAGCAGCAGCAGCAGCAUCAACCGCCCGGCAAGCUCGGGAUAGGGAUGGAUUCCUGUGUGAUUCCCUUGAGGCACGGCAGCCUGUCUCUGGUUCAGACCACAGACUUCUUCUACCCCCUGGUGGAGGACCCCUACAUGAUGGGGCGGAUCGCCUGUGCCAACGUGCUGAGUGACCUUUACGCCAUGGGCAUCACAGAGUGCGACAACAUGCUGAUGCUGCUGAGCGUCAGCCAGAGAAUGAGCGACAAGGAGCGCGAGAAGGUAAUGCCACUGAUGAUGCGUGGUUUCCGGGAUGCUGCGGAGGAGGGGGGCACCUCGGUGACGGGGGGGCAGACUGUCCUGAACCCCUGGAUCAUCAUCGGGGGGGUCGCCACUGUGGUGUGCCAGCCCAGCGAGUUCAUCAUGCCGGACAAUGCAGUCCCUGGUGAUGUGCUGGUCCUCACAAAGCCUCUCGGGACUCAGGUUGCUGUCAAUGCUCACCAGUGGAUGGACAUUCCAGAAAAAUGGAACAAGAUCAAGCUGGUGGUUUCGAAAGAUGAUGUGGAGCUGGCGUACCAAGAGGCGAUGUACAACAUGGCGAUGCUGAACAGGACAGCGGCUGGUCUCAUGCACACCUUCAAUGCCCACGCUGCCACUGACAUCACAGGGUUUGGAAUCCUCGGCCACGCCCAGAACCUGGCGCAGCAGCAGCGCUGUGACGUGGCCUUCGUCAUCCACAACCUGCCCAUCAUCGCCAAGAUGGCUGCCAUCAGCAAGGCCUGCGGGAGCAUGUUUGGAUUAUUGCAGGGGAGCUCGGCUGAGACAUCGGGAGGUCUGCUGGUCUGUCUGCCCCGGGAGCAGGCGGCGCGGUUCUGUGCUGAGAUUAAGUCCCCGAAGUACGGCGAGGGUCACCAGGCCUGGAUCAUCGGCAUCGUGGAGAAGGGGAACCGCAGCGCCCGCAUCAUCGACAAGCCCCGAAUCAUCGAGGUGACCCCCCGGGGGGCAGGGGCAGGGGGGCAGGAGAGCACCCCCACCACCACCCCCAGCCCUGAGGCACUGGCAUAGACACACACACACCCAGACAGACAGCAUCCCCAGCCCCAAGACCCUGACAGACACACACACACACACACAGACAGGCUGCUGCAGAACCUGGCACACAGACACACACAGCCCCAAACUCCAGUUUAAUAAUCUGCUGUUUUGUCGGCUGCUUUUGCAGUACUCCCUCGGAUUGCCCUCUUCUGUCAUUUCAUUCUUUCGUUCUUUCUUUUUGUAUAAUCUCUUGGUCAGGUUUUCCGCCCCUCAUUUUUCCACCCUGUUCAGCCUUCAGGGUUGAGAGCAACAGACCAAAAAUUCUUCCUCUUUCUCGGUGGGAGGAAAGAUGAGGGGGGGAGGAGCGACCCUUUCAACUGCAAAACGCAGGUUAAUCAGAAUCUCCGACUGUCUGAUCCACAAGAGCUGCAACAGAAACACUGAAUGAAGGAAUCAAUUCAGUGGCUCAGCCGUCUCUUGCCAAAAAAAGUGUGGCAUUGAAUUAAUGAAGUUUUAUUUCAGUGUUUCUGUUGAAGACGCUGAGAAAGACUUCUAGUGGAAACGCUUGUCACUGAAUUAUUGAAGUGUGUUUAAAAUCUACUGCUAGCGUCUUAACCUGUACCCUAGACAAAGGGUACUACCCUCAAUGUGCCCCUUCUUACCUACCCUUACAAGAAGGGCGCCUCUCUGAUCCCCCUGGAGUGUGUGUCUAAGUGGAUUGCCAUACCCUCUUUUAAUAACUUGUACAAUUUACGUAUUUCCAAUAGAGGCCUGUUUUGAUUGUGGGUGAAGUUUGGAAGCGAGCGAUAUUCAGCUCAUUUAUCAUUCAGUGUUGAAGGGUUUAGGGCUUUUCAAACUGUCCUAACAGCAUCCUGAUGUUGCCUUGACUUGAUGCCUUUAAGCUUGCGCACGUGGGUGCAAUUUGAGGUCUGCGGUAAUAAUAAUAAUUAGGUAAUACAGCCUAUUUAAGGACUGCAACUUUUUGUCAGGGUUUAUUUUUAACCAGCGUCCGAAAUAUAUUGGGCAAGUUUAACUUUUUGUAAGGAGCUCCUAACCAGUGCGUUGAUUUGAAGUGAAGGUUUCGGGCGCUUUGUCGUGCGAGAGCCACACUCGGAGAAACUAGAAGUGUAGCUGCUGCUGAGACGGUCCAGUGGGGACAGGAGUCUGUCUCGGUGUAAUCUGGAAAUCCUGUCAUCCAUGCCACUGCUAAAUAGGAGAGGUUCAUUUUGAUAUUUUGGGCACUGGUCAAUAAUAAUGGCCAUUUCUUUUAUCUGCAGUACAGAUUAAUUUAUAAUAGACUGGCGUUUUGUGGGCAGCUUAGUAAGUGGAGGCAAAAUUCUGGUGUGUGUGUGAUAUAUACUUAUGCUGAAUUAUCAAUUUGCUUAAAGAUGAAGAUAAUGAAAGAUUGUAGAUUUUUCUUAAAUUUGAGUUAUUUUUUAAUUUACACAUGAUUUUUUUUUUAAGUAUGAUGUGCUUUAGAAACAAAGUGUGUAAUUUUAAUUUAAAACAAAAAAAAAAAACACCUUUCCUGGUUUUUGGAACAAGAAUUGAGCAGCUUGUCCCAAAACCGCAAGGAAUCUGUGGGUGUGAAACCGAGGCUUCUGCUUGGCUGAUCCGCCUGUCACGCGUUUUCACCCCCUGCCAAUGACGCUCCUCCCUCCAAACCCUGUCGCCAGGGGUGGGUGGGGCUGAAACAAAGCCAGGGGGACGGGGGCUGGCUGAGCUGAGCCAAUCAGAGGCCUCCCAUUGCUUGCAACUACCAAAAAUCAUGUUCUGAAUAAUAAUAAUAAUAAAAACUUGUUUCUUUAAA